AUGUCGCCCCCCAAGGCCACGAUGUUGUUGCUAGUGUUAGCCACCGCUUUGCUUGUGGUAGCCACCGCUGGCGCUGAUAACCCCACCGCAAAGGAAGGCUGCCAGUCGAGCUGCGGUGGCGUCGACAUCCCCUACCCAUUCGGCAUCGGCGCCAACUGCUUCCGGCCAGGCUUCGAGAUCCUCUGCGACAACUCAAGCGGGGUGUACCAGCCGCUUCUUCCAGGCGCCACCUCUCGCCCCGACUUUGGCAUAUUUGGCUUCUUGGAAGGGUGGUUCGAGGACCAGGUACGUGUGCUUAGCCUCAACGUGACGCCACGCGCGGAGAUCCGGGUGGAGACGAAGGUGGCAUACGAGUGCUUCGACAUCCUCGGCAAUCGCACCGACGAUUUCCCUGGCGGUCUUAACGUGAGCGCGACUAGCACUCGCGAUGUGUAUCGCAUCUCCAACUCCAGGAAUGAGCUCUACGUCCUCGGCUGUAACACCUUCAUCUACACGGGCAGUGGCGAGCCUGCCCGCAACGCCAAGUCCUACUAUGGCGGCUGCGUGGCCUACUGCAAGGACGAGGCCGGCCCCAAGGAUGGUGCCUGCGAGGGCAUUGGCUGCUGCCACAUCGACCUCCCACCGGGCCUCACCGACACCAGCAUGGAGCUAAACCAAGGAUGGUCGCACGCAGAUCUCGACUACAGCCCUUGCAACUUCGCCUUCAUCGUGGAGAAAGGCAGAUAUUCCUUCAAGGCGGCUGACCUCAAACACAUGCCGAUGAACCAGACCAUGCCGCUGGUCCUCGACUGGGCAAUCCGUGACUCCACAUCCUGCAGCGCCAUCAAGGAAUCAGCCUGCGUUAGCGUCAACAGCCGCUGCGCUGAUUCCGAAAAUGGGCUGGGGUACGUCUGCCACUGCUCCGACGGAUACGAGGGCAACCCUUACGUCCAAAACGGUUGCCAGGAUAUCAAUGAGUGUCAAAGCGACCCAGCUGCGUGCCCUAAGCAUAGCGAAUGCACCAACAUCGCUGGCUCGCACACUUGCAAAUGCAGUAAAGGAUACACGCGUGAAGAUGAUUCAAACACACUGUCGUGCGUUGCAAAGAGUUCAAAGUUCCCGCUUGCAGCCAAGCUUACCGUUGGGAUUGUCCUAGGUUUAUCCCUCGUAGUUAUUGCUCUAUUGUUAGUACUGGUUUUCUUUCAAAAGAGACAACUGGACAAAUCAUUUGAAAAGAACGGGGGUAAGGUACUUCAGAACGUAAAAGGCCUGACCAUUUUCACCAAGGAGGGACUGAAAAAAAUCACAAGAAACAAUUCAGACUUUCUUGGUAAUGGAGCCUUUGGUAAUGUCUAUAAAGGAACUCUUCCUGAUGAUACUAUUGUGGCUGUCAAGGGAUCUAUCGUUGUAAAUGAAGAAUCAAGGAAAGAUUUCACCGAUGAAGUGGAGAUUCAGACCAACAUGAUCCAUAAGAAUAUUCUUCGGCUGGUAGGUUGCUGCCUUGAGGUGGAGGUUCCAAUGCUGGUGUACGAGUUUGCGGCUAAUGGAAGCCUCCAGGACAUUCUCCACCAGAAGAAAAACCAAGAACUUCCACUGGAUCUGCGUUUGGAUAUUGCAAUUGGGGCUGCAGAAGGGUUGAAAUACAUGCACUCAUCCACAGCUCAGGCCAUACGACAUGGUGAUGUCAAGCCGGACAACAUACUCCUUGAUGAAAAUUUAACACCCAAAAUCUCUGAUUUUGGGCUGUCAAAGCUUAAUAUAGAGGGACAAUUUGCCAAAAAAGUAGUUGGGUGCAUGGGUUAUGUGGACCCGGUUUUCUUGAAAACUGGCCUUUUAACACAAAAGAGUGAUGUGUACAGCUUUGGAGCCGUUCUCUUGGAACUCAUUACUGGAAAGAAGAACGUAUAUGGCGAGAACCAAAGCCUCAUCAUUGAUUUCUGCAAAGUUUACGAGAAAGAGAAUAGUGGGAGGGCUAUGUUCGACGAGGAGAUUGCAACUGAAGAAGACAUGUUUGUCCUGGAAGAAAUUAGCAAGCUAGCAAUUGAUUGUCUAUGCGAAGACAUAGAAGAGAGACCAGAUAUGACGGAGGUGGCUGAGAGACUGGUUAUGCUCAGGAGAGACAAGAAACUUAAAAAGACACUCGGCACUUAUGGGAGCUUGGAGGAUAUCACCAUGGCCACGUCACCCAUACAGCAGCGGACCUAG